AUGACUGCUGCUCCAGCCAUCUCUAGAUCACCUCCAGUUGGCUCUGCAAUGAGUUGUGUGUGUGUUGGGCACAGAGCUGUGGUGAUGCUGGGAGGAUUACUGGCCAGCGUGGGCAUGGUGACUGGAGCAUACACUCAAAACCUGGUCCAGUGCUACAUUACUGUGGAUUUUUUAUCAGGUUUUGGCUAUGCCCUUACCUGGACCCCCACUGUAACCAUGCCGGGCUUCUAUUUUGAGAAACGACGGCUCAUUGCCAACAAACUUGCCAGUGCUGGUGAGUGCAUCAUCGCCUUCCUUUUUACACCUUUCUAUCAAAUACUGGUGGACAAUUAUUCCUGUAGGGGUGCCAUGCUGGUGCUAGGUUCCACCUGUGUGUGUGGUGCUCUGCUAGGACCAUUUAACAACUGCUCUGAAGAGCUUUCAACAGAUAAAGUUAUUGAGGUAGACUCCUCAUCCCAAAUUCACACAGAAUCUCAGAGGACAUUUGAUCAGAGACUAAAUUCGAAGACAAAAUCCUGCAAAAGCUCGAAAUAUCUGAGGAGCAGAGUCCUGCAUUAUGUGGACUACAUAUUAUUUGCCAACCGCUUUAUGGUUUACUUAAUUAUUGGUUUAUUUGCAGCACUGGGAUUCUUUGGUUCUAGGCUUUUUCUAGUGUUGUAUGUCCAUAGGCAGUUGCAUUGAUGUUGCACCUCUGAAAUUCUGAACCUUGGUUGUGUUUUAUUUGGCUGGGUGGUCAGUUUAAGUCUGGUCGAGACUAGUCACAUCUUGCUAGGCAUCAUCCUACUGCUCUGCACCACCUUCACCCAGCUAGCACUGUUCAGUUAUGGUUAUGGACUGGUUUCUGGACCAAUUGUGGUCAUUCAUUAUCACGGUGCUGAAUAA